AUGGCUGGAAACUCGAACUCCUACCCGAUAUCCUCCAAUUCACGUUCCAAGUUGAAUGCCUUCCGGUUCAACAACCAACAUACGAACAAUGGAGGAAAGUCGCCUACGGAGUCGCUAUUAAAGGCAGGUCACGAAGACAAGGAAAACCAAACUUCGUGGUUGAAUGGAGUAAUCAAACCAUUGCAAUCAGAGCCACAGAAAGAAGAGCCUUCUGGCGAACCGAAUGAGCCAAAACCGGCCAAGGAGUGUCCUCAGACGCCAGGGAACAGGAUACCCCUGGCCGAUCUUAUUAGCAAUGCAGAAGACGCAUUUAGCCGAGCACCAGGACAAGAAUACACGCCGGAGGAUCAUGUUAUCUGGCAGCAUGUACCUGCGAGCUCGAACCCGGACACACUCUCUCAACCUUCCGCAACGAGAAAGAAACGGCGUCACAGCUCAUCCCCCACCAGCUCUCCACUAGGUGCAAGCAAGAAGGGUGAACGGAAACGGUCCUUUGAUAUGCAAUCCUUCCAAGCGCUCCUCAGAACACCGCAGAGCGAUCUCGCAACAGACCUGUGGAACAAUUACCUGGGCAAAGCUUCGAUCAAUCCAGAGGAAAGCUUUCCUCCUCCUCGCCUAGCUAACCUUCUCUCGUCUUCACCCCAAACACCUGCCUCGGCCGGCACCAGUAGGGAUUCUUCUGGUUUGAGGAGGUCAAUUAGUUGCAAUGCGGAAUGGCCCACCUCUAAAGCAAAACGGAGAAGAUUGAAUGGACAAGAGUUUGGUAGUGGGCGCAAUAUUUUCUCCCGAUCUAAGAGUAAUGUACUGGAGUCCGCAAAGACGAAAUCUUCCAGACUCAACUUUUUGUUGGAAAAAAUUGAGAGAAGCUUGCAGAAGCCCUCUGUCGCUCCAGCAGAAAUGUCUGAUUCUUCACCCGUGCCGAAACGCAAGCAAGUGCGACGGAGCCGAUCAAAUUCCCCUGUCCAGAGAAAGGCCGCCGCGCAAAUGCCAGAGAAAGUCAUUGGGUAUGACGAUGGGCUCGGUCACACACUUGUACAACCAAACGAACCCGAAGGCGUAGGAGCCUCUUCAUCUGAUUUCGGUGAUGAUGACUUGGAUCAGGACUUUCUCACCUUGGCCGAAGCGUCUGAGGACCCAUUCCUCGAACCAACCCGGCCCAACAACUAUACGAAUCCAAUGAACGUCGAAGCCCCUGUUGAAUCUACGGUGGAACAGCCUCGACGUCAAGUCAGCUCUUUGGGAGACUCGAACCAUGACGCAGGAGCUCCUGGUUCGGGCAACCGGGAGUCCAGUGUCCGCAAAGCUGUGAACAGUGAUGAAUUCGACGAUGACUUUGACGAUAUAGAGGAUAUUCUUGCCGAAUGCGAGAGAACCGCAAGCUUGACUCCUCCAGUACCAAAAGCGUCAGCGAAGCAGCUGGCUAACGAACAACAUUGUAUGAAAACGAAUACGAAACGACCAUCUGAAACAGAAGGAUUUUACGGCAUUUCCAAGGGGAACUUGGAACCGUCCUCUGGUGACGAAUUUGAUGAUGACGACUUUGACGUGGAGGCUAUCGAGCAGUCUAUGAAGCCAGGUAGAAAUGGAUCAGUCAACAUUCUUACAGACCGGCAAGCUAUCAAACGAUAUUUGAUUGUUGAUAUUGCAGAGAAUGAAUAUGUCACUCAAAAAGGUCGCAGUCAGCCAGAGCAGGUGCUGUUGGUUCAGGAUGAAAAGACUAAAAACAAAAAGGCAGUAAUCUUGCGAGAGUCUUGGUUCGACAGCCCAUGCAAUAAGGGUGCAUAUAUUCACCUGACCGGCGAUUUCGACGCAACAGGGCAAUGCAUUGUCGAUGAUGCCCAUAAUAUGAUUAUACUUCAUCCAGACCAUCUGAUAUCUGCGACCGUUGUCGCAGACUCCAUCAGUUGCCAGCGAAGAGCAGUUCUCCAGGACCGUAUCAAGAAUUCAAGCGAUAUUAGCAAGCCUCAGGUGUUCGGAAAUAUCUUUCACGAGCUCUUUCAGGAAGCUAUGAAAGUCAACAAAUGGGACAUGGGUUCUUUGAGAGCUUUGGUAGAAGCUAUUCUUGUCAGACAUGUCGAAGACUUAUACUUGAUCCAAAUGAGCAUGCCGGAAGCCGUCGAGUAUAUGAUGAGCAGAGUCCCAGCUUUGAAAGCCUGGGCAGAGGUCUUUCUUCGAACUACUCCGAGUGCCGAAUCUGUUGUUGAAGACCGGCAUAGCUCCAAGGUCAAUCUGAGCAUCAAUAAGCUGCUUGAGGUAGAGGAACACAUAUGGUCCCCGAUGUAUGGGCUCAAAGGCAACAUCGAUGCUACAGUCCAAGUUGCAUGCAAUGACGGGGAGGGCAACAGAAAUCUGGUUGUCCCUCUGGAGCUCAAGACGGGCAACAGAGACACAAAUCAGGCGCACAGGGCUCAGACUGCCCUUUAUACCUUGUUGCUAUCUGAUCGCUACGACGUUGACGUAACCUUCGGUCUGCUCUACUAUCUCGAGAUAUCGAAAAUAUUCCGCAUCCGUGGUGUCAGACAUGAGCUCUUGCAAAUGAUCCAGGAACGUAACCGCCUGGCGGGUUUUGUCCGUGAAAGACACCAACUUCCACCAAUGGUUAAGAAACCGGGAAUGUGCAACAGAUGUUACUCAAAGACGCCUUGCUUGAUAUAUCAUAAGCUUGCGGACGACGGAGAUGGCGAAACCAGCGGACUUGGCGACGAAUUCGUCAAGGCUAUGGACUAUUUGACGCCACAGCAUCGAGACUUUUUUAAAAAAUGGGACGAUUUGCUGACGAAGGAGGAACAGAGCAUGAUGCGAUUCAAGCGAGAACUCUGGACCUUGUUGAGCAGUGAGCGAGAGGCUCUCGGGCGUUGCUUCGGCAAUGUCGUGAUACAACCAGGGUCUGCAUAUGAAGACAAAGAGAGCACAAAGAUUAAUCGCUUUAGAUAUACCUUUGUUAAGAAGCAUACCUUGCCUUCGUUCUCUUUCACUGAGUCACAGCUGACAGUGGGAGAGCCGAUCGUUGUGUCCGAUGAGAAAGGUCACUUCGCGCUCGCCAAUGGAUACGUUGUGCAAGUCAGCCCAAAGCACAUAAUGGUCGCAGUCGAUCGGAGAUUGCACAAUACGAGAACAAAGACAAAGGGAUUUGAUGCAAAGAAGAAUCAAUCAUUCCGAGGCAUCAUGGAAGUACUGGAAGAUAGCUCUAGCUCCUUCCCUUCAUCCACUUCUAACGACCCGGAGGAGGAGAUUGUUUACCGACUGGAUAAGGAUGAAUUCAGCAAUGGCAUGGCAAUUGUUCGAAACAAUCUCAUUUCCAUGAUGGAAAAGGACCUCUUUCAAGCAAAUCGACUCAGAAAGCUUAUUGUCGAGGGAGAAACACCCAUUUUCAAUCCCUCACCAUCAGCUUUUCCGUUGUCUGACUCCGCCAAAGCAAGCCUAAAUGUCGAUCAGAAAAGAGCCAUAGACAAGGUCAUGAGUGCGCGAGAUUAUGCACUAGUCCUUGGCAUGCCCGGCACAGGAAAGACGACAACCAUUGCCCAUAUCAUUCGAGCACUGGUGGCGCAAGGAAAGAGUGUUCUCCUGACCUCCUACACGCACACCGCAGUCGAUAAUAUCCUACUAAAGAUCCGAGACGAUAAUUUCCGCAUUCUGCGGAUAGGAGCUACUGCAAAGGUGCAUCCUGAAGUACAGCAAUUUGUCGAUCUUGCAGCAGUCCCUAAAACCACCGUCGAAGAGUUAAAAGCAUCUUAUGAAGAGUCACAAGUAGUCGCGACGACUUGUCUUGGCGUCAACCACAAUAUCUUCAAUAGACGCAUAUUCGACUAUUGCAUUGUUGACGAGGCCUCGCAAAUCACUCUUCCGGUAUGCUUAGGGCCGAUUCGAAUGGCGCGAACAUUCAUUCUCGUCGGGGAUCAUUACCAAUUGCCACCUUUGGUGCAAAACAAGGAAGCCCAAGAGGGAGGACUCGAUGUCAGUCUCUUCAAGCUCCUUUCCGACGCACAUCCUGAGUCGGUGGUCAAUCUUGAGCACCAAUAUCGCAUGUGCGAGGAUAUUAUGGUCCUUUCCAACAAUCUUAUUUACGCCGGGCGUCUGAAAUGUGGAACUCCUGCGGUUGCAUCGCGCUCUUUGGAUCUGCCCAACAUUGCCGGUCUCAAGUUGCACCAUAUCAACCAACUACCGCAAUCACCGAGUCAACGGCAAUUUUGUUUGGGGACAAACCAAGGUCGCUGCUGGCUACGGGACGUGCUUGAUCCGUCUGCAAAGAACCGUUUCAUCAACACAGACACGCUUGCAAUCCCAGCCCGAGACGUAGCAAACGGUGCCAGGAUUGUAAAUCCAACUGAGUCUUCUAUUUGCGCACAGCUCGUAGAGUCAUUGGUUUCGUGCGGCAUCCCAGCACGUAACAUUGGCGUCAUCACAUUCUACCGCAGCCAGCUCUCUCUAUUGAAGCAGAAUCUUCGUCGAUUCCUACCCGAGCUUGAAAUGCAUACAGCCGACAAAUUCCAAGGCCGAGAUAAGGAAGUCGUGAUACUAAGCUGUGUUCGAAGCAACGCCGACAAUAAUGUUGGCGAUCUUCUCCGAGAUUGGAGACGGAUCAACGUCGCCUUUACGCGCGCGCGGACAAAGCUUCUCGUUGUUGGAAGCAAGAACACUCUGCGAGACGGCAAUGAUCUACUCCGCAAAUACAUAAGCAUGGUGGAAGAACAAGGAUGGAUAUAUGAUUUGCCCAAAGGUGCUUUGGAAAGCCACAUCUUCGACUGCGACGUGAGCUUUACUCCAUCCCUCGAUGCAAACAAAUCAUCAUCCAAGGGGAGCAGAAGUCCCGCAAAGACUUCUCCUUCGCCAAAGGCAUCUCGCAAUCCACUCAGCCCAAUACAGGGCCAACAAACGCUUCGAGGUCUCAAAAAACCCGCUAAGAAAGGGGCCAAGCUUCUAAGCGGGAAUAAGGUCAUUGGGAAUAGACCUGUGUUACAGGACGUGGUAAAUGAACUCUUUGGUUAA